UCCCGUUAUUCAGCGUCUCGUUUUGUCAAAUUUCCUGCUCUCGGAAUUAGAUUCAUUUGAUUGCUGUCGACAAACUACAAACAAUUCUUUUUAACCAAGAAGACGUCAUGUCAAUGGUUUUAAAGGAUUCUUAUCAUUCUAAUUGACUGUUGGCAGAAGGGGUAUGUUAUAUAAAGGGGCAUUAGGGCCAUGAAGACAUACUGUACAAUAACAUGCUGAGGUUCCUAUAAGAGUUUGACGAAGGACCACGUGUAAUCCCUUAUUGACAGUUGCAGAGCUUUGACCAACAGAUUUCACUUUGGGAUAUAAUGGCAAGUUGGGAUCAGAAACUUCUUACAGCUGCAAGGGAGGGGAAUAUAAAAGAGGUAGAACUAUGUGUAAAGAACAAAGCUAACUUGGAAUGUAAAACUGAUGAUUUGUGGGGAAAGACACCAUUAAUGUUGGCUGCCUGGGGAGGACACCUGGAGGUGGUGACGUACCUGGCCACUCACGGCAGUCAGUUAGACGUCACAGACAGGAGAGGAAGGACACCAUUAAUGUUGGCUGCCUGGGGAGGACACCUGGAGGUGGUGACGUACCUGGCCACUCACGGCAGUCAGUUAGAAGUCACAGACGAGUGGGGAAUGACACCAUUAAUGUUGGCUGCCUGGGGAGGACACCUGGAGGUGGUGACGUACCUGGUCACUCACGGCAGUCAGUUAGAAGUCACAGACGAGUGGAGAAGGACACCAUUAAUGUUGGCUGCUGAGAGAGGACACCUGGAGGUGGUGACGUACCUGGUCACUCACGGCAGUCAGUUAGACGCUACAGACAGGGAUGGAGAAACAGCUUUACAUUAUGCUGCUAAGUAUGGACAGAUCGAAGUAACAAAAUGGUUAAUAGAUCAGGGAUGCAGUCCUUGGGUGAAAACAAAACAGGGUGAGACUCCUUAUGAUCUGGUAACAAUAAAAAGCUAUGAAGAUGAAGAAGAAAAAAGGAAGAAGAAAGAAGUGAUGGACCUCCUAAAGACUGCCAUGUCAAAGAUAUCCCCAGAAGUAACUCCUGACACCCAAUUACAUGAUUCUGCAGCACCAGUAGUUGAGGAUUCCAUCGGAAAAGGGCAACAGUCUGCUAUGUUAAAUCGUUUAUUAGGGAAGGGCAGCUAUGAAUCAUUUGAUAUGAGAUGCAUGGUGACCGGCCAAUUUUCAGUAGGGAAAUCGACUCUUGUGAAGCUGUUAGCUGGGGAUGUCAUACCAGAUGGGCGACAUCCGACUGAUGGAAUUUCUUUGGUUGAAGGUCGCUGUGGCCUUGAUAUUGAGACAAAAAGUUGGAUUCUUAUUGAUCCAGAAGCUUAUAAUGCCCUGGAUGUUGUGUACAAUAAGGUGUUAAUGACCUCUCUGGAAGAGGAGGAAAGUGAAUUUACCAAAAAGUUCGACCAGGCUUCAGAUACAAGCCCAACUGGUUAUGCCAAAGCCACACUUUCCUCUUUGCCCUCCGAACAGUCGGCAGCAGCACAAUCUCUACCACCUCAAAAAUCCUCCAAUGUGCCUCUCAUGGUAAAACAGAUGAAAGAGAAAAUGAAAACCAGAAUGACCAAAGAAGAAAUAAGAAGGAAAAUGGAAAAAGUCCUCAAAAGUGGGAAGUAUAAGAUGAAAGUUGGACGUCUUAUCUUCUGGGAUUUUGGUGGACAAUAUGUUUAUUUAACAACACACCAGACCUUCAUGACGUUCCGAGCGUUAUUUCUUGUUGUCUUCGAUGGGAGCAAAGAUUUGCAUGAACAGGUCCCUGAUGUGAUGUGUUUUCCAGGGCAGCACAUGACACCAACUCCAGCAGUAUUCUUGCAAUAUUGGGUCAAUUCCAUCCUGACCUAUUGCAAGGUUGUAUAUCCAGGCAUUCCUAAGAUCUUGUUUGUUGCCACUCACAAGGACAAAGUACCAAAGGAGAAUGUUGAGACACGACGUGAAGAGCUUUACAGUGGAAUUGAGGAGUUGUUUAAAGACCAUGAGGGACAACAUCAUCUGGUCUUUAGGCCUCUAAUAUUUGUCAAUGCAAAAGAUCAAGCUGACCAAGAAAUAGAAGUUCUAAAGAAAACAAUUACAGAACUUACAUUCGACCACCCAUGCUGGGGUGAAAGAAUGCCCAAUGCUUGUGUUCCACUAGAGCUAGAGAUCGCUGAACUAGUGGCAGAAGGAAAACAAAUAAUGUCAUUGGCUGAAGUUAAAGAAUUAAAUGCUAUCAGCGAGGUGUCUGUCCUGUCCCCUGAGCAGUUGACUGAUUUCCUACAUUUUCAUCAUUCUCUUGGGAAGAUUGUUUAUUUUGAUACCCCCCAGCUGAGAGAUAAUGUAAUGAUCAACCCCCUUCUUAUGGUGGAAGUUAUGCGAUCUUUUAUCACAGAUGUUGCAUUUUGGCCCAAAGAAAAUAAAACAAGGAAAACCUUCAAAAAGAUGUCUGAAAAUGGAAUGAUACAAAAAGUAGACCUCUACCAGAUUUGGGAACAAGAAGAAUUCCGUCAGAUUUUACCAUUUAAAGAGUACAUAUUUGAUAUGCUGAUACAUCUAGAUAUCGUAUCCGAACAACGGAGAUAUGAUACAAAAACAGGAAGUCGUCUACCAAUAGAAAACUUCUUUGUACCCUGUAUGCUAACACAAAGAAACGAUACAGAUUUCUUGACACAAGAAUGUACACCAGAGAGGACUGUUAGUUUGGCUUUUGUUUUCAAAGGAACCAUCAUACCUCCAGCCUUACCAAACCGUCUAAUAUGUGCAUGUCUGAGUAUGUGGACAUUAAAAGAAUACCAUGGACGGAAACUUAUGUUUUCUGGGUUUGUUGGGUUAUCAUUUGAUAAAGAGCAUGAUAUUGUUGUCUGUGUAGAAGGAAAUAAGAUCUUACUGUACCUAGUCCACAAGCGCUCCAAGGGCCUGAUAAUACCUGAUAUAGCCACCAGUGUCCGGGAUUGCUUGUUUGUUACUUUAGAGAGAAUAUCUGAAUUUUAUCAGUCAACUAUCCAUUGUAAAGCCAACAACAAGUUACCAUUCCACACUGAGUAUUCCUGCUCAAAAUUAAACUGUUUUACUCCAGAAGAAAAUAUGGUUGUAGAUACAGAGGAAUGUCUUUGCGAACAUGGUGAAAACAUUAAACACAACUGGAGAGUUUGGAAUCAGAAACUGGAACAAAUGCAGUGUGAUCUUAGUUGUCCAGGUUUGAGUGAAUAUUCUUUAGAUCAAAUUCCAAGUAACCCCGAGUUGCUUCGUCUUUCUGGUAAUUGUGAGGAAGACUUGAUACAUGAAUUAGCACUUCGUCUUGGAAUGGAUGAGAUAGAUUGGAGGGAUAUUGGAAAGAAUAACACAGGAAAUACACAGAUGCUGAAGUUUUUGACACUUAUUCACUUGAAAGAGAAUAAUUCAAUAUGUUUCGGAGAUCUAGAUAAAAGUUUGCGAGAAAUGAAAAUAACAACACACACAUUAUGCAUGGUAAGGAGAAGAAAACAAGUGAAAUCCAGAAUUCCAGACGAUAUAUUAGAUUGUAUCCCUACAGACGAAAUUUUAGACAAGCUAGCACCACAGAUUGGAAAAAUGGUUUUUCAACUUGGAACAGAACUCGGAUUGUCCAUAGCGGAUUUAGAAAAUAUCGACAAAUGUAGUCCCAAUUUGACAGCCCAAAAUAAGGAAGUUUUAUUUACUUGGAGAAAAGACAGAUCAGUAAAACCUACAAUACGGGUCAUUAAACAAGCUUUAGUUAAUAUAAGAAAAGGUGUACGUUGUUUAGAGGAGGUUGUGAAGAACAUAGAUGCAAGAACAUUAAGAGCUGUGGAAAUUGUUACAGAUAGAAUCAGAGAUAAUGCAGACAGAAUCAUACGGGAUAUACAAAUCAGUCAAAUUUUAGAUCAUAUGAUGACACAUCUGGUGAUAUCAGUAGAUGACCGACGCCGUAUUGAACAACAUGCUGGACAAGAUGAUCAGAACAAAGCAUUGCUGGAAAUUGUCAUUAAAAGUAGAGAACCUGCUUACAAUGUUUUUGUUGAUGGAUUACGUAAUUAUGGAUAUGAAGAUAUCGCUAAUGAUUUGAAAUAUUAUUCAGAGGAAAUAAGUCCAAGUACAACAUUAGUAUCUGCUGAAAAUGAAGGCUUAUCAGACUGGAAUGUUCCAUUGUAUAAAGUUCGUCUACAGAAGAAUUAUCUCAAGGUCAUCACUGAUAUACAACAUGAAAGCAUAGUAGAUCAUCUAAUAUCAAGAGAGGUAGUGUCAGUUGAUGAUGGAAAAAAGAUAGAAUCUGGUAAAUCCCCACAGGAAAAGAACAGGACAUUAAUGGACAUGCUUUUGCGUAAAAAUGAACGGGGAUUUAAUGAAUUUCUCAAAGCCCUACGAAAAGACUCAAUUUAUUCAGAUCUAGCAGAUCAAAUAGAAAAGACAGAAGUUACGCCCACAGAUAUGGGAAUCCUUUAUAAAUGUUUGAAAUAAAAUGAAUAUAAUUUCUUUCAGAAAAAAAACUUUACACACAGCAAAGACAAAUCACCUGUAAACAAUGAAUAGGAGGAGGUUUUGUCAAUCCAAUUUUCAAUGAUUUGGUCACUUAAACCAUCAAUGUGAAUGAAUCACAAUAUACUAGUGAUAAAAAUCUUUUAUAUUAAACAUAUUUCAUGUGUGAGUGUCAUGCAUGGCAAGGAAAAAAGCUAAAAUAUGUACUAACCCCUUUUAUGAGUUUUCAUUCCUAAACACAAAUCCCCUUUAUGAGUGUUCGUUCCUAAACAGAUAUGAUAAUGAUGAAACAGUCUUGACAUAUUUUGUUAAAGAAAAUAAUUUUCAUGUAUUUUUAUUGAAUUAUUGGAAACCAGUAAUUGUUACAGUUUACUUAGGCCACGUUCGCCUAGGCGAACAAACCUUAGUGUUUUUAUCAUUCAAAAUUUCAUAAACAGACAAUUUGCACACAUGAUAUUUCAUGACUACUGAGCUGAUGAUACCCCUUAGAACUUAACAUCCACAAGCAGUGGCAUCUAACCGUUGAUGGUAAAAAAACUUGUAAAGUAAACUUAGUUUAAAGUUUGCUAUGCAACUGGGUAAAUCAGCUGCGUUCAGAAAACAAUUAAAGGAGUAGGUCCGGUAAGGGCCUAUUUUGGCCUCAAAUUUCAGGUUCAUCUGAUGAACGAUUUUGUACACUUUUUAAAUACUUAAGUGUCUAUUUCAGUCGAUUCAAUUAGUUUGUGUGAAAGAUUUGAACUGAUUUAGUCAUUUCAGACGCUCAUAUUCAAGCUUAAAUAUGAAAAAUCUUUCAAAUAUGCCAUAAUAUGUCACUUUUCAGAUAGUUUUUGUCAAAAAUGAAAGUGGCCGCAUCCGUGUUCACCCUCAACCUUUAUAUAUGUUAUGUAUUAUCAUCAAAUACAACUUCAAAAUAUCAUUAAAUAUUAAGAAUGAACACGUAUGCGGCCACUUCCAUUUAAGACGAAAACCGUCUAAAAUUUAACUCAAAUGCUAAUAUUGUGAAGAUUUCAGUAAUUUAGCAUGACUUAAUGAUGCUAGUACCCGAUAUAUGUGCAUAUUAUUUUCAUUUACCUGUGUUUAAAGUUAUUGCAAAUGGAUGGUAUUUUUGUUCGAGCAUAUUGUUUUUCUUUAAUUAUUUAACAUUUCUUACCGAUAUAACAUGUUACUUUUAUUAUUCUUCCCUUAGUUUAUUUAUUUUGUAUUCUAAAUUAUUUAUUUUGUAAAAAUAUUUCCUUUCUCUAUUGGUACUGUACAGGUAUACCUAACAACAAAAUUAUUUUCAUUUACCUGUGUUUAAAGUUAUUGCAAAUGGAUGGUAUUUUUGUUCGAGCAUAUUGUUUUUCUUUAAUUAUUUAACAUUUCUUACCGAUAUAACAUGUUACUUUUAUUAUCCUUCCCUUAGUUUAUUUAUUUUGUAUUUACAUUGUGUCAUAGGUCAAAUUUAUUUGUAAAGUGUAUGUUCAAUGGUGUUAAUAUGUCCUUUGAUUGAGUUAAGCUAUUUCAGUUGAUAUUUUAUAGUGUGUCUUUCUAUGUUGUGAUGUUACACUAUUGUUUCAGAAUAAGGGUGAAGGUUAGGUACCAUUAAAACGUUUAAACCCGCUGCAUUUGUUUGCACCUGUCCUAAGUCAGGAAUCUGAUGUUCAGUAGUUGUUGUUUGUUGAUGUGGUUCAUAAGUGUUUCUCGUUUCUCGUUUUUUUAUAUAGAUUAGACCGUUGGUUUUCCCGUUUGAAUGGUUUUACACUAGUAAUUUUUUGGGGCCCUUUAUAGCUUACUGUUCGGUGUGAGCCAAGGCUCCGUGUUGAAGACCGUACUGUGACCUAUAAUGGUUUACUUUUAUAAAUUUUGACUUGGAUGGAGAGUUGUCUCAUUGGCACUCAUACCACAUCUUCUUAUAUCUAUUGUAUUGUCAAAAACAGCCCAUAUUUAUGUAGCAGAAGUAUUCUACUUUCCAAUAAAAAGCUAAAAGUUUACAUUAUAACAAUUUUGUAAAACUGAUAUAUUUAUAUAAUUGUAUAGUUAAAUACAUGUAAUACCAUUUAGAUGUCAGGACGAGAUCAACCUGAUAAACUGCUAGGUUGAAAUUGUUUGCAAAUAGAUGGCUAUCACUAUUCUUCUUCCUGUAAUGUGUAUGCAAGUAUCCAUAUAUAUUUGUUCCCCAUUUACAAAGGUUGCACUGCUGUAAAUAUAUACAAUGCAAUUUCUCAUAUGAACUUCUUUUACAGCUUAAACUGUACCACUUUUACUAUGAAGUUUCGUAAACAAUUAUAUCCAAGAAUGGAAAGUUCAUAUUUACUACUAUUUUUUUCAAAGGUCAAAACAUAAGGCUGUGCGGCAUAUUUUGAACAUUUAUAUGCCUCAAACUUCUAAGAGUUUAAACUCAUAAUAAAAUUAUGUACUUCCUCUCCCUACACGUUUGGUCCUACUCAGAAUUUUAUUUGGCCGCUAUACAUGUGUAUUUAUACUGGUUAAGUUCUUAAGAUGUGUCUUUUUGAGAUGAAACAUGGAUAUCAUAUCUGGGAACCAGUAGGUAAACAAAACAUCUAUCAAUAGUAUAUAUCCCAAAAGAGGCGUGGUUUGUGAAACAGCUGUAUUUACAAAGUGCAACCUAAAGGAAAUGUCAUAACUUAAUACAAUAUACUAUAUGUACUAUUUUGAAAAAUUUUGAAUGACCUACAUAGCUGCAAUUAGGUUAUUAUCAAUUUCAGUUCAUUCCUAACUUUGUAUGUUAAUCUCUUAAAGCUGUUAAAUGUUACCUUAAUAGUAAAUUUAGGUCUAAAUUUUAAGUCUAAUGAAUAUAUACCAAUACCAAAUUGUUUAUUAUAGUGACAUUUGUUUUAUAACAAUAAACAAUAUUUCAAUAAGCGGUUUUAACUACAUGUGACAACACCCGGCCCUUUGGACCUAUAAGUCACUUUAAACAUUUAUACAUAUAAAAUAAUAAUCAUUUAACAGCGGACAAAAUUAGAAUUCAUGUUUGAUUGUUCCUAUACAAAAUGUUUUUUCUUUUAUUAAAUGCAUCGUUCAAAAACUUAGCAGUUUUUCUAGGAUAUUUGCAGAUAAGCACUUUAAAUUGUUCAUCCUCAGAGAUGUCUUCAAAAGAGUGUUCUAUAUUCAGUAUAAGUUGAAUUCUUAGAUCUCUUAGAAUAAUAAGGUAUGCACAUAUGAAAUAACUAAUUCAGAGACCGAAUCUUGUCCUUAAGGUGUUUCUGAAUUUUUUGACAUUAGCUUCUUGUGUAUUGUGUUUAUCAAACAGCUACUUUUAUAUGUACAUUUGUAAAUAAAAAUGCUUCUUCAUAAAUAUGGUUUUGAACAAAAAUGCAACGAUAUGCUCUUAUUAUGUAAAUAUAGUUGUUGCUAACAUAACAUGGUAUUUCACAACGAAUGUUUUUGACAUAACGCAUCUGUUCUGUCAAAUGAACUUAUCUUUCAUCCAUCAGAAAAAAGGAUUUUAAAUCCAAACAGAACAGUGAUAAUUGUUUGGUUAUAUUAUAUUUUCAAAUAUUUGAAAGUGUUUGAGAACAUAUCAAAUGUCAAAAACAUUUGAAAACCUACUACCAAGCAAAUGUUUGGCCUCUUUCAAGUCAGACUAUCUGCACCAUGUGUUGUUUGGUGGUGUUUUAGCGCAAUGCUAUACAACUUCCUGCUUGAUUUGCCUUUUAAACAUUUUUAUUCGAUCGUCACUGAUGAUUCUUUUGCUAAAGUUCUUCAGAAGAUACCAAGACCUUGUUGAUACAUAUUCAACUUCACAAAUAAUACAUGAUGGUCUUGAAGUAUAGAUUUUAGUCACUGACGUUGUUUAUCAUCCUAAUUACGUGUUGUAGUGUUCUUUUAUUUGUCUUUGUAAAUUACUUUUACUGUUAAGCCCUUUUUUGGUAAUACCCUUUUGGUGUGGCUCAGUACUUAAACAUCCCGCCAUUGUGUUAUUAUGCUAUGGUCAUUUUCGUAUUCUUGUCUUUUUUUGCCUAUGUGCUUUGGUCUAUAUGCCAUUUUGUUUUUCUUUGUUGACAUAUUUGUCUUUUUUUUUAUAGUGAUUAAGAUUAUAACACAAUGUUGACUGCAGUACCCCUAUUUUUGACAUUUUUAUCUAGCAUGCCUGUUUGUUUUGUUCACACAUUGUUGUCAAUAUAAUGGAAUUUUAUGCGACUGUCAUACAAGUGGAAGGCUUAGCUAGCUUUAAAACCUGGUUUACUUGAACUUCACCAUUUUCUACAUAAGGAAAUGCUUGAACCAAGUCAGGAAUAUGACAGUUGUUUCCCAUUCGUUUGAUGUGUUUGAGCUUUUGAUUUUGCCAUUUGAUAAGGGAAUUUUUCGUUUUGAAUUUUCCUUGGAGUUCAGAAUUUUUGAUAUUUUACUUUUUUAUAAACGAAGAACACAAUGACGUUCGAAUCAUAAGCCUGGAAUCUUUUAUGAGUAUUUUUUAUGUUGUACGUCUGUUUUAUUUAGAGGAGUCGAGUGUGAAAAAUUCAAAUUUCAAUAUUCAUUGUCAGUUUUACAAAAUUUAACCCCCUUUUCCUUUCAUCGCCAAUAUCAAAAUUUGUAUUUAAAAAUAAGGAGAUUUGAUAUGAUUGCCAAUUAGACAACUAUCCACCAAAGUUCAAAUAAAGUGGAUGUAAGCAAAUUAUAGGCAACUACGGCCUUCAACAAUGAGAAAAUAACCAUACCGUUUAGUCUGCUAUAAAAGGCCCCAACAUGACAAAUAUGAAACAAUUCAAUUGACAAAACUAACGGCCUAAUUUAUAACAAAACAAUUUAUGAAAAACAAAUAUGACAGACGUGAACCAACGACAACCACUGAACUACAGGCUCCUGACUUGGGACAGGCACAUACAGAAUGUGGAGUGGUUAAACAUGUUUGUGAGCACUCAACCCUCCCCUAACCUGGGACAGUGUUUCAUAGUUAUGUCAUUUACUUCCACUUAUUCCUUUAUUCCAUUAUUAACUAUUUCUAUUGGUUUUAUGUGAACAUGUUUAUAUAUUCAAAAAUAUUCAAUAGUGAUUAGAUUUUGUCAGAUAUGAUUUUGCAACAUUAAUAAUAGUCUGAUUUCAUGCUUGAUAAUUUUCCCCUUGUACUCAAUCACCCCAAACGUGUAUAUAAAAUCCUAAGGCCAGAUUUGUCAUAAAUUCGUCAACUUUUUUCAAUGCUUAUACAUUUUGCCUUCAAACUGUUUGUAUUAGUGCAACUGUUUUAUUUUUGAAUACCUAGUGACUUUGUAAUUUACAAAUUUAAUAUGUUAUGAUACAGUUGUUUGUUGUUGUUUAUGUGAUUAUUGUAGCACUAUAUGUGUUAAAGUAGUGUCUUAUACUUGUAUAUAUGUAUAAACUGUUAAUGCAUUCUACUUCCCUUAAAGGUAAAAACAAAACUACA